AUGGUUGUCAGACUCGCAGCACGCUCCAUUCUCAAGCAAGCACCGCGACGGGCGUUUGCGACGUCGCGCGCGCAGCAGAGCAGCUCGAGCCUGUACGACCAGACUGUCCCCAACCUCCGCCUCCGCCCAGACUCGACCGUCAUCUGCCAGGGCUUUACCGGCAAGACCGCUACCUUCCACUGCAAGGAGGCGCUCGAGUUCGGCACGAAGCUUGUCGGCGGUGUUAGCCCGAAGAAGGCUGGCACCGAGCACCUUGGUCUCCCCGUCUUUGGCUCCGUCAGGGAGGCCAACGACAAGACCAAGCCGGAUGCGACCGUCAUCUACGUUCCCCCUCCCUUCGCUGCCGACGCCAUCAUUGAGGCUAUCGAGGCGGAGAUCCCCUUGAUUGUCUGCAUCACCGAGGGCAUCCCUCAACAAGACGAGGUCCGGGUCGCGCAAGCUCUCCGCAGGCAGACCAAGUCUCGCCUUGUCGGCCCCAACUGCCCUGGUAUCAUUGCUCCUGCGCCCAACGGCGGCGGCUGCAAGAUCGGCAUCAUGCCCGGCAACAUCUUCACCCCUGGAUCCGUCGGUGUCGUCUCGCGCUCUGGCACGCUCACUUACGAGGCAGUCGACGCGACGACCAAGAUCGGACUCGGCCAGUCUCUCUGCGUCGGAAUUGGCGGCGAUCCCUUCCCCGGCUCGCAGCACAUCGAUGUCCUCAAGGUCUUCAUGGAGGACGAGGCGACCAAGGGUAUUGUCUUGAUCGGCGAGAUUGGCGGUUCGAUGGAGGAGGAGGCGGCUGAGUACCUUGAGAAGUACAACGUCCAGAAGAAGCCUGUUGUCGGCUUCAUCGCUGGCCGCACCGCUCCUCCAGGCCGUCGUAUGGGUCACGCCGGUGCCGUCAUCUCGGGCGGCAAGGGCAAGGCCGAGGACAAGGUCAAGGCGCUCGAGAAGGCCGGCGUCAUCAUGGUCGACUCGCCCGCCCAGCUCGGCUCGUCGCUCAAGAAGGCUAUGGUCGAUGCCGGACUCGCCUAG